AUGUCGAGAAUACGACGCGGACCUGACAUUGAUAACUUGAAGGAAGCUGCCCCGCCUCAAAGCGUUAUAAAGGUCGAGAGAAUGCCAAAAGCGCUCGAAAAAUCGAACCACAGACUUGUUUUCGACCAUGUGUUGAUCCCGCCACCCAAUUUUCGUGUCAAAAAUCGUGUUCCGAAUUCUUCGCUCAGACACUGGCACCCAAACACCAGCUCCGUUGCAUCUACUUCUCAAAUCAUGUCACAUAUCGAUACCUCUAUAUCGUACACGCCAGCAUCGUCAGAGGAGCCCGAGACCACACCCUCACGGAAGUUUACGCAUUCCUCACUCGACAGUCAGCUUAGUCAGGCCAUCGAAGAGCUUUCGCAAACGCAUGGGUUCAACGUUGGCAUGGUGCGCAAGGUUUUCUCCAAGACCGGCAGCUUAGCCGAGGCGGACUCGAUUCUGCGAGAAAUGCGAGAGGCGGCAGAUGAUGUAGCGUCGGCGCAAUUGGAGGGUUGGGAAUAG